AAAAUUUAGGGGUUUUUACAGAAAAAAGAAAGAGGGAAUUUUUCAAAAUCGACUAGGGUUUAUCGAUUUUGCUACUUGAACAGCAGGGUUUAUCGAUUAUCUGUGUAUCAGACUUACUGUUCUUCUUGUCUCACACCUAUUCGAGCAGCGAGAGGAUAGAAGCAAAGUUGAAAACCUAAUUCUAGCUCUGAGAUGGACGAGGUAGCGUAAGCGUCGAUAAUUUUGGAUUUAGUAUCCUUAUGAUUCGUUUGAUUGGGGAAAAUGAGAGUGUACUGGUUUUUGGCUUGAGCCAGUAUUAACCCCAUGCUAGUGAAUGGACAAACAGAAAAUACUUACCUCUCUCUGCCACGUCAGCUUUGCUGUCAAUCCGCUGUCACCCUGCUGUUCAAGUAGCGAAAUCGAGGGUUUAUCAUGGCGACUGAAGUAUCAAAGAAUUCUGAAGGAACGCCUAAAUGGAAGAAUAAUCCUGCACAUAAUAAUGGAAACCGACCUCAAAAUAUGCGGAGGCAAAUUAUUUCGCAACAGAGGAAAUCAUUACCUAUUGCUUCAGUUGAGAAGCGACUUCUGGAAGAAGUGAGAAAGCAUGAUAUACUGAUUAUUGUUGGGGAAACUGGAAGUGGAAAGACAACUCAGUUACCACAGUUUUUAUGUAACGGGGGAUUCUGUCGUGAUGGUAAAGUAAUUGGGAUCACUCAACCACGGCGUGUUGCGGCUGUUACUGUCGCGAAACGUGUGGCGGAGGAGUGUGAUGUGGAGUUGGGCCAGAAGGUUGGGUAUUCCAUUAGAUUUGAUGAUACGACAUCUGCCUCGACUAGGAUUAAAUACUUGACAGAUGGAUUACUGUUGAGGGAAACACUGCUGGAUCCGCUUCUUUCUAGGUAUUCUGUUGUCAUUGUGGAUGAGGCUCAUGAGAGAACUGUUCAUACUGAUGUGCUAUUAGGCUUGUUAAAAGAUGUACAAAAAGCAAGGUCACUGGAAGGCAGAAAGGAUACCAACAGUGUCGCACUUAAGGAAGAAAAUAAUGUGCAGAAUCGUGUUUCUCUGAAACCAUGCAAGGGCUCAAAACAUUCACCACUUAAAUUGAUCAUUAUGUCUGCAAGUUUAGAUGCAAGAGGUUUCUCUGAGUAUUUUGGGGGUGCAAGAGCUGUUCACAUUCAAGGGAGACAGUACCCAGUAGAUAUACUUUACACUCAUCAUGCUGAGCCAGAUUACGUAGAUGCGGCAUUGAUCACUAUCUUUCAGAUUCAUAUGGGCGAGGGUCCCGGUGAUAUACUUGUAUUUCUUACGGGGCAAGAAGAAAUAGAAUCGGUGGAAAAACUUAUCCAAGAGAGAGUGCAAAAAUUACCUAAAACCAGCCAAACUCUAAAAGUUGUACCAAUAUUUUCAUCUCUUCCGUCAGAAAAACAAAUGCUAGUUUUCCAGACAGCUCCGCCUGGGUUUCGGAAGGUCAUAUUGGCAACAAAUAUUGCUGAGACAUCAGUGACAAUCCCUGGAAUCAAGUAUGUUAUCGAUCCAGGAUUAGUUAAAGCGCGUUCUUACAACCAUCGCACAGGGAUGGAGUCACUAAUUAUUACUCCUACAUCGAAAGCACAGGCUCUUCAAAGGAGUGGUCGUGCAGGGCGUGAAGGACCGGGGAAAUGCUUUAGGUUAUAUCAAGAAAGCGAGUUUGCUAAACUUGUUGAUUCAACUACGCCUGAGAUUAAGCGGUGCAACCUGUCUAAUGUUAUACUACAGCUCAAGGCUUUAGGUGUUGAUGAUAUUAUGGGGUUUGAUUUCAUGGAAAAGCCAUCCAGGACGGCUAUUGCGAACUCUUUGGAGCAGUUGUUGCUGCUAGGGGCUCUGACAGAUGAUUAUAAACUUUCUGAUCCGGUUGGGAGUCAAAUGGCUCGGUUGCCUUUGGACCCUAUUUAUUCUAAAGCUCUCAUUGUUGCAAGCGAAUUUAGGUGCUUGGAGGAAAUGUUGAUAGCUGUUUCGAUGCUUUCAGUGGAGUCCAUGUUUUAUACUCCUCGUGACAAGAUGCAAGAGGCACGAGAUGCACGAAAGUGUUUUACUAGUGUAGAUGGGGACCAUCUCACCUUGGUGAGUGUAUAUCGUGCUUCUGCUGAGUGCUUGGAGAAGAGCAAAUUGGCAGGCAGUAAAGAGAAGAAAGCUGAAAAAACCCUCAACAAAUGGUGCAGAGACAACUUUAUUAAUAGCCGUUCCCUUAAACAUGCUAGAGACAUUCAUAGUCAAAUUCGAGGACAUGUUGAACAGAUGGGUCUGCAUAUUUCUUCAUGUGGAGAUGACAUGUUACAAUUUCGAAGAUGUCUUGCUGCUUCCUUUUUCCUUAAUGCAGCUCUGAAGCAGCAUGAUGGAUCAUACAGGGCUUUGGCAAGUAGUCAAACUGUUCAGAUCCAUCCCUCUUCUGUGUUAUUUCGGGCGAAACCUGAAUGUAUAGUAUAUAAUGAACUGAUUCGAACAAAUCACAAUUACAUCCGCAACAUAACUAGAAUCGAUCCGCUGUGGUUACCUGAAUUGGCUCCUCAGUAUUAUGCAUCUCAAAACUAGAGACACAACUUAGGUUCUGUAUGUAUCUACAGCGACUGCAACCAACCAGUUGAGGCUACUAACGAUUCAAUACAACAACCGGAUUGGGGAAAAAGGAAUGACAAAGCCGCCGCUUCUUGGGACUGCCAAAUACACAAUGUCUCUAUUCCAGAUCAACCGGCAUGAUUCAGACGGAUCAGCAAAAGAAGCAAGGAGAAGUCAACUACAGGAUUUCCGUGUGACCAGUUUUGAUUCAUUUAAAGGCUCUAAUGAACCAGAAAGAAUUCUACUUGUAAUUCAUUUUCUUGAUAUAGUAAUAUUCUUUCAUCUGAAAAUAAAACAAAAAAAUUAGUCAAAACUCCCAGAUUCUAAGCAUUUUUUUUUUCAUUUG